ACACUGUGCUGGGAGCUCCUCUGGAAAUUUAUACUGGAAUGGAGCACAGUGGAGGAACAGGAGGGUGGUCGGAGAGCCCGGAGCUUCAGGACCGGCCCAGUCCAGAGGAGAGAGCGGCAAAACCUGAGAGCCCAGCCUCUAGCGGGCCCUUACAGUGCAAGAUGAGCCAUUUAGAGGUGAACGGAAGCCCAGCUAACCCACAGAUCCAACAGAAUGGCAGCACGCCACUGAGGCCAUUAGGAGGUUUGAUGAUCCCGGUCUACUGUGUGGUGGAGCAAGCCGAUGCAGCCAGCGACUUCGAGAGCCGUGGCGACCGUCACGCUGAGUUUGUGCUAGUUCGGAAAGAUGUGCUGUUCACGCAGCUGGUGGAAACGGCACUCGUUGCCCUUGGAUACUCGCACAACUCUGCCGUGCAGGCUCGGGGCAUUAUUAAAGUAGGACGAUGGAAGCCGAUGCCCAUCCAUUACUUGACGGACGCACCAGAGGCAACGGUGGCAGACAUGUUGUUGGAUGUUUACCACAUGGUGACGCUGCGGAUCCUUCUGCACAGCUUUUCUCGGCUGGAGGAGCUGCCAUCUGAGCAGUGGACUCAUGCCACGGUGAGAAACGCCUUGAAAGAGCUCCUCAGAGAAACCAACCAGAGUGCUUUGGCUAAGGAGUGUCCUCUCUCCCAGAGUAUGAUCUCGGCGAUCGUAAACAGUUCCUACUACGCAAACGUCUCCACCUCCAAAUGCCACGAGUUUGGCCGCUGGUACAAGAGAUACAAACGCUUCAAAGGUGAUUACCAUGAGAAGUCGUGGUCCUCGCUGGAAAAGCCGGAUGUGAAAGUGGAGAGAGAUUUGGACCUGAGCAUCCUCAACCAUCGUCAUCCACCUCUCUUGCCUUCUCCAAGCCACUUGGCCACCUUGGGGGCGCCAGGAGCCCUUCCCCUCAAGAGCGCUCUCAGAGACGCUCAUUCCCCCACUCAGCCCCAUAGUCUUCCCCAUCCUGCCGGGCCGAACCAUCCCAGACUCCCCCUGCGUCCACAGAAUCCAGCCCUUCUGAGUCACAGCGGCCUCCUGUCUCCACAGCUAUCGCCUCAGCUGGUUCGUCAGCAGCUCGCCAUGGCUCACCUCAUCAACCAGCAGCUAGCGGUCAGCCGCCUGCUUGCCCACCAGCACCCGCAGGGAGUCAACCAGCAGUUCCUCAACCAUCCUCCCAUUUCUCGUACCUGUAAGGUUUCUGGGGCAGCUGCUGACCCAAACCUGAGCUGCUCGGGUGCUGAAGUCUCUUCUGAUAUUUAUCAGCAAGUCAGGAACGAACUGAAAAGGGCGAGUGUUUCUCAGGCCGUGUUUGCCCGGGUGGCUUUCAACCGUACGCAGGGUUUGCUAUCAGAGAUCCUUCGUAAGGAAGAGGAUCCUCGCUCGGCCUCACAGUCUCUGCUCGUCAAUCUAAAGGCAAUGCAGAACUUCCUCAACCUACCAGAGGCCGAACGAGACCGCAUCUACCAAGAGGAGCGAGAACGGAGCACCAGCACCAACCACAACCACACCAACACCCACAUCUCCUCCAGCAGCAGCAGCAGCAGCAACGCGCUCAGACAAACACAGACGAAGUGCAGCAUCUCUGGUCCAGAGCUGCAGCUGCAGCUGAAACUCGACUCGCUUGCAAACAUCACAUCAGGGAUCUACGAGGAAAUCCAGCAGGAGAUGAAGCGGGCAAAGGUCUCUCAGGCGCUGUUUGCCAAGGUGGCUGCUAACAAGAGUCAGGGUUGGUUAUGUGAGCUCCUCAGGUGGAAAGAGAGUCCAAGCCCUGAGAACCGCACUCUGUGGGAGAACCUUUGCACCAUCCGAAGGUUCCUGGCGUUACCACAGGUAGACCGAGAUCAGGUCUAUGAAGAAGAGUCCAGACAGCAGCACAGUGAGAGACUCCACACCGUCCUGCACAUCCCAGACCAGCAGACUUUCCACAGACAGCCUCUCCCUCCUUUAACGGCUCCGUCCCCAGUUCACGAGGAGCCCGCCACCCUGCUGCCAGCUCUGCAAGCACCAGAGGACGUCCCACAGCGAGGGAUGAGUCCUGCCCUUGGAGGGGUGAAGAAGGCCAGAUCUCGGACAAAGAUCUCCCUAGAGGCCUUGGGAAUCCUGCAGAGCUUCAUCGGUGAUGUGGGACUCUACCCAGACCAGGAGGCUAUUCAUACUCUCUCAGCGCAGCUGGACCUGCCCAAACACACCAUCGUAAAGUUCUUCCAGAACCAGCGUUACAAUGUCAAACAUCACAGUCAGUCCAGAGAUGCCGUCUCCGGGGAUGACGACCAUGAGAGUUCAAGCCCCAGCGAGGGAGGUGCCUGCACAGCAGAGAGGAGGGAGGAGGGGGCUCUGUCUCCCUCUGAGGAGUCGAGUGAGGAUGGCAGAGGGUCAGUGGAAAUGUUCAGAUCAGAGAGGGACUUGCACGAAGGAGAGAUAGAAAUGGAGGUUGAGAAGGAAGAGGGGGAGGAUGGCAAAACCUCAGGACCGGCGACUUCCUCUCUGUCUCCUUACAGCAGCGUGGACAGCCCCCACUCUGCUGAACAGCAGAGAUAACAGCUGAGGAUGCCUUCAGACUGUGAGGAGCACACCCAGAGCCUGUGAAGAACCACUCAUUGUCAUCACAAUUAACUUUUUCCAGAGUCCAUGAUCACAGCUCGUCUAAAUCAGAACAUUUGUGGACAGAUAUUUAUCUAAUGACUGACUUAACUUUAAUCUGAAGGUGGUAGGAGUUGAGUUUUGGGAUGGAUGGAGCCUGCGUCGGUUUUUCUCCCUUGUUUGGCUUUAUUCCAAGCUACGGUUAGAUGGUGAAAUGGAAAAAUAAAUAAAACAUUUAAGCGUUUUAUCAGGAGAAUCUGGCGACACAAGAAUGAGUCAAUUUUGAUUCUUUAGAGAUGAAACGCCUUCUUGUUUUAAGUUAAUUUGAACAGCUGCCUGAACUGCUGCUAACCCAACCAAAGCAAAGCUUCUUUAGCGUUUAGAUAUUUUGUAUUCCCAACGCCUUGAUUUUUGUCUCUGUACACCUUUAUUUCAAUAGUAAUAUAUAGGUUAAAAUGACAGCAUAUAUGUGACUAUAUGCAUGAUUUCUCAUUACUUCUACCACUUUCUCAGGUUCUAUCUGACUGGUAGAUUUAAAUGAAUACAAACAAGAUGGGUGAAAAGGCUUAAAGGAUGGUGGACAAGGAAGCAGUUAUGGACCCGGAUCUCAGUUUAGAACAUUAAGAAAGCAGGGAAAUGACCCAAUAACCUCUGAUCAAGUUAUAGCAGAUUUCUGUUUAGUGUUUAUAUCUAAAUCUAAUCGUAUUUCAUUGUCUCCAUAGGAUUAAAAGUCCUUAAAAGUUAUUUUAUUUCAAUAAUUUAAUUCAAUGACUGAACUGAAUUGACUCAUCACUAAAUUAUUCUACACUUUAUUUUAUUUUAAAUAUGCUUAAAUUCAGGAAAUGCAAAUAAAACCUGCAGUAAAAUCUAUAAAGGAAUUUAAUGGAUAAAUAGAAGAGCAUAUCCACUCUGGUUGGGGCUUACUUUGCUUGAAUUACUGCACCAAUGAGGCAUGACAUGAUCUACUGAACUGUUUAGUCCCUGGGUCAUUCUAUACAAACCAUCAGCAAGUCUACUUUAUUGGAUAGCAAGGUGGCCUGACCUAAAAACACCAAAACCAAUAUUUCAAAGUGGAACCAUGGUUUUCUGAUAGCCAUGAAAGGAAACUUAUCCUUUUUCUACUAGACUUUUUCCUUCCACCAAACUUCCCAUGAACAUGCUUGGAAACAGCACUUCCCCCGCGAUUAAGAAGGCAAUAACUUUUCUGUUUUUGUAAUCCUUUCUUGAUUGGUCCGGGACUAUUGGAAUUUCCUUACAUUUUCAAACCUGACAGAAAUAAAAACCCUAAAAUGUGUGUUCAUUUUAAGAGUGUACAAUUCUGAAAAUAAGUUAACUUUUUCAAACAUGAUAAUUAUUGAGAUUUAUUGUAAAACAUUUUGACUGAUCUGUAUGUGAAACGGUCACAUAAACCUCUGCUGAUAAUAAAACUGUUUCUCACCAUCAUUCUAACACCAGACUUUUGCUUUUAUCUGG